AGUACGGUUUUCGGAGGGAUCGGACUCAGACUCAUGUCGCACUCCUCGCAGUUGGACUGGUGGGAACUGGGAACACUGGAGACCUGAUUUCGAGCUGACGCUACCGUCGCGGCCGCCAUUAAGUUCCUUUACUGUGUUUUCUUGGUUCAGCCUUGAAGUGAGUCGUGGACGAUCCUCUCUCAGCGUCCAGCCUAGACGGCGGGGUUGCUCCGGCAGCGUUCCUGGGAGCCGAGGGCCAGAGACUAAGUUAAAAGGCCCCUCCCCAUCUUCAGAACAGUCCUGGGUUCUGAGCCUGCCAUCCAAGGAACUCGGGAGGAGGAGUUGACAGUCUCUUCGUUCCUAACCACCCUGGGACAACUUCAGCAUGUCUCAGGCCACCAAGAGGAAGCAUGUGGUGAAGGAGGUGCUAGGGGAGCACAUAGUGCCCUCCGACCAGCAGCAGAUUGUCAGGGUACUCAGGACCCCAGGGAACAAUCUGCAUGAGGUGGAGACAGCCCAAGGGCAGCGCUUCCUGGUGAGCAUGCCCUCCAAAUACCGCAAGAACAUCUGGAUCAAGAGAGGGGACUUUCUCAUUGUUGACCCUAUUGAAGAGGGAGAAAAGGUGAAGGCUGAAAUCUCGUUUGUGCUCUGCAAAGACCACGUGCGCUCUCUGCAGAAGGAGGGGUUUUGGCCUGAAGGCUUCUCUGAAGUGGCUGAGAAACACAACAACAACAGGAACAGACAAACUCAACCAGAACUCCCAGCUGAGCCACAGUUAUCAGGAGAGGAGUCCAGCUCAGAAGAUGAUUCUGACCUGUUUGUUAACACAAACCGCAGACAGUAUCAUGAGAGUGAGGAGGAGAGUGAAGAGGAAGAGGCAGCCUGAGACCCUAGGACCCACUUCUCCACUUGCUCAGGGACUGGCCCCUGGCUCUUCUGGGCUUGGACAUUCCCAGGGUGCUCUGCAGAUCUUCACCCCUGGAUGAGGACAAAGCAGGGCUCCUCUCUGAACUGAUCUUUUGAUUAGGAGAAUUAAACCCCUGGUGGGUUGGUGACUUGU